CGUGGAUGAACAUUACUGUUACGUGCCAAGGUGCUGUUCCCAUCAUCAGACCUCAUGAUAACCGGGUUUCGCCCGGUUCCGGGCCGUUAUUCGGGAAUCGGUCGAGCAUACUUUGGCAUUGCUCGAUUCCAUAGAACAUCGAAAUGCGCCUUUCAUGUGGAUGGUAGAAGCCGGAUCUCCAAUUUCUGGAUCCCGACGGGGGGCAUUUCCAAAAAGCCCGUCCAGGGUGAAACAGAGGAUGCCAACGACCUCUUGAUUCGGGGCGGCUUUUUGAGACAGGCUUACUCGGGUAUAUUCCAUAUGUUGCCUCUGGGACUGCGUGUGCAAGAUAAGCUAGAGCGUCUCAUUGAUAAGCACAUGCGAUCACUUGGGGCAUCUAAAGUAUCAUUAUCGUCUAUAUCCGCCCAGGAACUUUGGGAGCAGUCGGGACGUCUCAAAGAGGGCUCCGAAGUCUUUCGCUUUCACGAUCGGAAGGAAUCCCGCUUUCUCCUUGCUCCCACCCAUGAGGAGGAAAUCACCACGUUAGUGGGUCAUCUCACCAAAUCUUACCGAGACUUGCCGGUGCGAGUGUACCAAAUAUCAAGGAAAUACAGAGAUGAGCAACGGCCCAGGCAGGGCCUUCUCCGUGGGCGGGAGUUCAUCAUGAAGGAUCUCUACACCUUCGACUACAAUGUCGAGAAUGCCCUGAAAACAUACGUGUCGGUAAAGUCUGCUUACACAGAGCUCUUCAACGAACUCAAAAUACCCUACCUCGUUGCUGCCGCGGACUCGGGAAAUAUGGGCGGUAGUCUAAGUCACGAGUUCCAUUUCGCCAGCACCAAGGGCGAGGACACCGUUAUCAGCUGCUCCAGCUGCGACAGUGUCUAUAACGAGGAGCUCGCAGAUGGAAAGUCCCAUAGCAUCGAUGAGCAGCAACUUCAGGCUAGCCACGCAUCCGGGUUUGAUACGGGAGAAGCGUCAGGUGAAUCAGCGAAGGCUGUUUCCGUUGGCCUGUGGAUGGCCAUCUCACAAGACAAAAACACACUGUUGCGGUGCUGGUACCCACAGUAUACCCUAAAAGACCCUAACAAGCCGCCAGUUGAAAGGGAAGUUAAUUCCCAUGCAGUCAAAUCUAUAGCCAAGGCAGCCGGCAUAGAUCUAGACAUCAGCAUUGAGAACCCUUUGAAGCAGUGGGCCGCUCAUCUCAAGUCUAACGAGGCUUCUGGUCAGCGGCCCCGCGUGCUGGACGUGUAUGACUCACAUGUGCGAGCUUACAAACGGCCGCCAUUGACGGACACACUAGACGGAGUCAGCCGCUCUGUGGAAGAUAUCGACUUUUCGAAACUUGACCGUUUCCCGGGGACCAACAACCACCUCAACCUCGUGAGAGUGCACGAGGGUGACCAGUGCUCGAAAUGCGGCCAAGGCCUAACAGAAACACACAAGGCCACCGAACUUGGACACACCUUCCAUCUUGGCACGCGAUACAGUGAAGUUCUACAAGCUUCUGUGGUGGUCGACCAAGCCCACCUCGACAAAGCGGACCGCUCACCAGCUUCGCAAAAGGAUCAAAUCGUUCCAAUGCAAAUGGGCUGUCACGGAAUCGGUGUAUCGCGCAUGAUCAGCGCCGUCGCCGACAGCCUUGCGGAUUCCAAAGGACUCAACUGGCCCCGCGCUAUCGCUCCAUACGAAGUGAUCGUGGUUCCUGCCAAAGGAUUAGAAGAAGAAGCGGAGACGAUAUAUGACGUGCUGACCUCAGAACCCACUGCUGCCUUGGACGUGAUUCUCGAUGACCGUGACAAGCAAAUGGGCUGGAAGCUAGGCGAUGCAGACCUUAUUGGAUAUCCCGUGAUCGUUGUAGUUGGCAAGGGAUGGAAGAAGCAACGGACAUUGGAAGUGCAGUGUCGUCGACUCGAAGUCCGCGAGGAUGUCGCAAUUGAGGCUCUACCGGAGUUUGUGCGUUCCUUGCUUGCGAAGCUGUAAGCGCUCGGCUGUGUUACGGCAAGGCAGAAUUUGCGCCACAGCACUGUACUAUACAAAAGACUGUAAACUACUUACCUAGUACUAGGCAGUUGCAAUAGUUAAUAUACCCCUCCAUUCUGAG